CAUUGCAAUAUACAUACACCCCUUAGCUUGUUUAUCUGCCUCCCGCCUGCCAUGUAAGUGGAUCACCAAUCAGUGGAAAGAGCCGAUGACGUCAGCUCUGUGAUGUGAUCAGCUGUGUCCAAUCACAUCUGAUCACAUGUAAAUAAGGAAAUGCAGUAAUCAGCAUUCCUCAGAGGGGACAUGUACACUGAUUAGUGCCCUGAUGAUCAGUGUAGCCCCAUCAGUGCCACCUGUCAGUGUCCAUCAGUGUCACCUGUCAGUGCCCAUCAAUGCCACCUGCCAGUGCCCUUCAGUGCCACAUCAAUGCCACAUAUCAGUGCCUAUCAGUGCACAUCAA